AUGUCAGAGCGUCCUCAAUACUUUGAGAACACAUUGGCAUUGCCAUCUAUUAAUCCAGUGACACUUUCCGAAAGCCUUCAGAGUCUUCGUGCUGCGGUGCGGAACGGUGCCAGAUUGGUUCAGGAAAAUACACCCCUCCCAGAAACAUGGGGCCCGAAUGGCCUAUUUAGGGCUUUCCCCGGUAUCGCCCUGGCUUUCCUACGCCUAGACUAUCAAUCUUCGGUACUUGAAGACCCUCUAGUGGCUUCUCCGGAUUAUCGUCACUUCGCCCUGCAGCGAAUUCCGUCGAGCCCUCCUGAUGCCGAACUAUUAGCAUCUCGAUUGUCGCCUCUUGGUUCCCUUUGUCCAAUAACCGCGAUCAGUAUGCGCAUUCUGGCUAAUUUGGCCAAGAACGGCUGGGAAGACAACUCCCAUGUCGGUCUUACUGACAAUGAUAUGACUUGUCUUUCCAAGGCCGUGCAAUUGGCAAUAAACAACGAGCCUCUCGUUACACAUGAUGGCCGCAAAAUGGGUGGUGAUGAGAUACUUUUCGGGCGUGCGGGACUCCUUUGGGCACUCUUGAAUAUCAGAGCUCAUAACUUUGAUCAAGAGGACCAAAGUGCCCUGUCACCUGUACUGCAAAAAAUUCCCGAGCUCAUUAGGGUCAUUGUUGAUGCCGGUAAACAAGGGUCCGUGGCAUACAUUGAAAAGAACGGGGAUCAAGGAGCACAACCAUUGAUGUAUGCGUGGAUGGAGGAUCAUUACUGCUUUGGAGCGGUUCAUGGAGCCUCCGGCAUUCUCGCGAUCUUACUUUCGUGUGAGCCCGAAGAGCUUGCAGAAUACAUUCCCGCAAUUGGUGGCACUAUCACCUCACUCUGCCAACUCUCAGUUAGCACCAGUGGUCAUCUCCCGAUGACAACCCCUGCCUUCAGUUUUGGACAGCGGUCCGAGCUAGUUCAACUAUGUCAUGGGGUGCCAGGACUGCUCAUUUUGCUUGCUGCGGCCUUGAAGCAUGAAAAUUUGACUUGCGCCCAUUGGGACCCAUCCUGGGAUCAAGCAAUCUACUUAGGGAGCGAGCGCAUUUGGGAAGAGGGCUUACUAUCCAAGGGUGGUAGCUUGUGCCAUGGUGUCUCUGGCAACGCAUGGGCAUGGCUUCUUCUUCAUGACACCUUUGAAUACCAUGGAGAUCAGAUCAACGAUGCCCGUGGAGCGUAUCUUCGGCGCACUCAGAUCGCGACCCUAUCAGACUCGGCAAUCAGCCAAAAGCUCACUGGUGACUUUUUCUUGUCAAGGGCGCUUGCAUUCAUGCUACAUGCGCGGGAGACGAAGCCAUACAACACCUCCCCUGUGGCUUCUGAUAAGGACUAUCGCAUGCCCGAUGAGCCUUAUACUUUGUUUGAGGGUCUUGCUGGUAACAUCUGUGCGUGGGCUGAUACUUGCGCCGUUCUUCAAGCCAGGCUGCGCAAGAUGGAAUUGGUUGAGCAGGGUAUAUGUAUCAGAAACGGAGUCCCACGCGAUCCAGCUUUUCAACAUGCUUUGUCGAAACAAAUCGGAUUCCCGGCCUUGGGUGGAAACGGGGCAACGGGCAUCUACUAG